AUAUAUUGCAUUGACAUUUUUGUGACAUUUGUUGACAUUCGUAGUUUACAUACUUUGUGAUAUCACUUGUGAAUAUCAUGUUGAUAUUUCUGAUGUUCAUUUAAUUUAUAGAAACGAUUGAUUAUAAAGUGCAUUCAGAAGACACGUCUUUUUAUAUUUAAAGAAAACUUGUGAAAUUGUCAUGUGCAAUUGUCGCGUAUCCAUUAUUUAGAGAAUUUUGAUAUUUUUUGAAAAGUUAGAUUAAAAUGGCAGAAGAUUUUGGAAGAGAAACUCCACCAAUGUACACGACAAACGAAGAGUCAAAAACCGCUGGUCAGCCUCUUUCUGAUUUUCUUUUGCAGCUUGAAGAUUAUACUCCAACGGUACCUGAUGCCAUCAGUGAACAUUAUUUACACACAGCUGGCUUCAAUGCUACAGACCCCAGAAUAGUACGACUGGUUUCUUUGGCAGCACAGAAAUUCAUAUCCGAAAUAGCAAACGAUGCUCUGCAGCAUUGCAAGACGCGUGGUGCUAAUCAAAACACAAAAACAAAAGGAAAGGAUCGGCGUUACACAUUAACCAUGGAGGAUCUCACACCGGCAGUUGCGGAAUACGGAAUAAUAGUCAAGAAACCACAUUACUUUGUUUGAUUUAAAAGCCACAUGUUUCAUACCUACAAAGUUCAACAAAUAUAACCGACAGUAUAAUUAAUACAGCUUGAAGUUUGUAUGUGAUAGAUUUUGUGGGUAACAAAAUUUCAAAUACAUUGUGUUCUAUUUCAGAAACCUGUC